AUGUUCGAUGAAGCGAUGGGUGGCGACAGCUGGAUGUUCAGCAGAGCCUUGGUGGCCAAGUGUAGAGAGGCGUUCGAAGGGUUGAGCUCGCUUGUGGACGUCGGCGGAAGCACCGGAGACACCGCGAAAGUUAUCGCCGAGGCCUUCCCGGGGAUUCAUUGCACCGUGUUUGAUCUCCCUCAUGUGGUCGCCGCUGCCGCUGCGUCCACAGAAGAAACGCUUGGUAGUAAUCUGAGCUACGUGGCCGGCGACAUGCUUACCGACGAUAUUCCUCAAGCUGAUGCACUGUUCUUCAAGUGGGUGUUAAUUGACUGGCCGGACGAACCUUGCCUGAAAGUGUUGAAGCAGUGCAAGAAAGCUUUGAGUAACAGCAAUGGCGGGAAGGGGAAGGUGAUGAUCGUCGACCACGUGAUGGGACAUGAGAGUUGCAGCGACAAGAGCUCCAUGGGAACAUCGUUGCUCUUCGACCUCGGAGUCAUGGCGUGUCUCGAGGGUUACGUAAGGACCGAGGAACAGUGGGCAAAGCUCUUCUCCGAUGCCGGCUUCUCCGACUACACAAUAACGCCGGUGGCCGGGCUCCGACUCCUCAUCCAAGUCUACCCUUGA